CCUGAUGCGUGAGUCAAGAAAGAGACUUUAGGUCAAAUGUAGGUGUUAUUGGUAAUUUGCGAGUCCGAUAUUUUUAAACAAUCGACUCAUGAUCGGUCCAAAUUAACAAUCUGAAAACCUCUCGGAUUCGCUUAUCACUGGACGUUAUUAUGACGUUUUACUAGAUGUACUGAUUCUCAUAGACUUAUCAUAUCACUUAUCUACUGAUGGUUUAUUUAAAUACGUAUAAACCAAUAUUGAUGACACGUAUUUUUUAUUCUUUAAGUUUUACUGUUUCCAUAAGGAUGAUACUCUUCAAUUAAGUAACACUUACCGAGCUACCGAGAUAUUGUCAUGGGCACGGUUCAACAUGGUCGAACCUAUGAGGCACUAUUACCAUUAUUGUUUUCAUGGAGGUGUUUGCAAUGCAAUGACAUCAAAGACUUUUCUUUGGAGUCUAAUGCUUCUCAAAGUGUGUAUGGCAUAUUCGACGACUUGGUGAUGUCCAUCGAGUUUAAAAAUGGAUCAAAGCGUAAGACAGUUUUUCAAAUCAAACACGGUAAAAUCAAUUUCGAUAAGGACGCGGCAUAUUUUGAAAAGGACUACGACAAUAUGGUGAAGAACCAUAUCACUCCACAUCAACUUAUCUAUUAUUCACAUCGUUAUGUUACAAGCAAAAAAUACACACUUUCGCAAUUGAAUGAAUUAGGGGAUUUUGAAAAAAUAUUUGACACUUCCAAUAAAUCUAAGAUUUAUCGCGUGGAAGGGAGUGAUCAUCCUGUUUGGAAAAAACUUCUAAUAUACUGCCAACAAAAAGAUGAACAUUCUCUAAUGAAUGUAUUUAAAUCAGAAAGUCUAUGUUUUAAGAAUAUCAAUAAACUAUAUUACGAAUUUUUUUAUUCGUAUUUUAAAAAAUGGACAGAAAGACGUAUUGAAUCAGUUUUGACAAAACAAUUAAUACAAAAUAUUUUUUUACAACCAAUAUUGAACGACUGUAUGGUUCCACCCGUUGAUUCAAACAAAUUGAUUUAUGAAGGUCUGGAUAAAUGGAUGAACAUAAUUUUGAGACAAAACAUUACAUUCUUGAGAAAAAAUGAUCAAAUUUGCAAUGAAGAAUUAAUAGAAGAUAUUUGGACGUUUACGAAAAAUAAAUUGACCACUAACUUUAGAAUAAAAUUUUCAUUAGAAUGGAACGAAGAGCUAAAACCGACAGAUGUACAAAACAUUAAAUCCAGUAGACCAUCAAUAAAUAAAUAUUUUUUAAAAGGUGUCAAUUUUAGCCUAAAAAAUGUUUACUGGUAUUCAUGGUUAGAAAAUGAGGUUCCCUUAAUUUUAAAAUGCGUUGAUAAAAAUACACUGACGUUAUUAGAAGAAAUUUUCAGUUUGUUUGAAGAUUUUUUUCAAUCAAAAUGUGUAAUCGUAUUUAGUGAAUAUAAUAUUAAGACCGCUCUUAAAACAUUUUAUAAAAUCCCUGAUUUAGAUAACGACAUUAUAAAAGAGAUUUAUAAAACAAUUCAGAUUUCCCUGCAUGGCAGAAAACCUAUAUUUGUUAAGGACAUAAUAAAAAAAUCCGAUUUUCUUGAAAUAGGAAAACAUUAUACAUCUACAGAUUGUUUUAGAUUCUUAACUAAAAUUAUCAAUAUUGGGGAAGAUAUUGGAAAACUCGAACAUUAUAUUAAACGUAGAUUACGUUACAAACUUGUAGAUCCACAAUCAUUUUUUCAAAACACCCCUGAUUUUUAUUUUAUAUUUGGGGAGAAUCUAAAAGACAAUCAAAAUUACUUCAAUUCAUUAACAUAUGAUAAUUUUAAAAGCCUCAUUCAAAAGAUACUUUAG